UUCUUUGCUUUCUAAUCACAGAAAAACAAAAUGUAAGAUGUAUCAGCAUGAGGUGUAUUUCCUGAUUCAGCACUUAAAAAACCAGCUCAUAUCUACAUUUCCAAGCAAAAGUUAUAGCAUUAUAGCAGCAGUGACAUUAAGUUAAUGAACUAAAAAUGAAAGAAUUAAGGAUAAGAUUAAGGGAAGAUUUUUUUUAAGAACCAGUUAGAAACUAUCCUAUAUGAUAUUUUUAUCCUAGUUUUUCUUCUUUCUUAGAGGUUGUUGCUUGCUGGUAUCUAGCCAUAUUUCUUAUUUAACUUUGUUAUAUUUUAAUUUCUUUAUGAAGUUACGAUAUGCUUGGUGUGAAGAUAAAUUAGAUAAUACUGGUCCUUUUAUUAAGGAACAUCAAAGCUAAGAUGAGACCUUUGAACAUUUAUACACAUAGUCUCAAAGUUAAGGAUCUAGAGUUCUAAAAUGGCCAUUUGCUUAAGUCUUUUUAUGAUGAGGUUGUGGUUUGGACAUGGCCCAAACAAGCUGAAGUCCGAGUAAUCUUGUCCAAAUAAUUUAAGAUUCCCUGCUGCAUCUGAGAAUUUCCUUCCUGUCUGAUUUCUGAUUGUUCUCAUCCAGAUUUACUUUUAAACAGUAUUCAUUAAAAGUCAGGCAAACUAACCCUGCAAACACUCUUGUGUGACAACUUCACUGUAGUUAGUAGCUGUAUUCUUAAAAUGUUAGAAUUAAAUUUGGAUGAAGAGCUGGCCUAAGAUCUUUCUGCCCAAAUUAAUUUUGCCAUGAAGGGUAAAUGGCUAAAGUCAUAUUAAGAAUAAUGAGUGAAAACAUUGGUGAUGGACUCUUUCAGAUUGCUGAUACACUUGAAGAAGUUUUAUAGAAACAGCUAGACUUGUACUUGUGCUAAUUACUUGGCAUAAUUGACACAAUCGUUUACAGUUUUACAUCUAGUCCAAGCAUUACUGAAGAGUACUUGAAUGAGGAUUGAAAUACAAGGUGUUACAAUUUCUUCCUUAUUUAAUUAAUAUUUUCAACUGUUAAACAGAGGCAUUGCAUUCGAGUAUAUCACUGGAUGGAUUUGAUUUCUUGUGUUGCAGAACUUUCAGAACACCCAAAGGAGAAGUUGUCUGUUUCUUUGAAAAGGGGGGUAAAAAGGCAAACGGUACUUGUAAUAAAAUAUGGCACAUACUGGCUUAUCCAGCAGAGGGAGUAGUUUACCAGUGUUGGGAAUGGCUUCGGGAACCUGCCCAUAGGAAAAUUUGUGAUAAAAACCAUUUAGCUGUUUAUUAUUUAAAAUAUUGCAUGCCAUGAAUUACAAUGAUAAGUGAUGAGUUUAUAUUUUUUUUUGCAUAGUCAACGGUCAGCCACACCUUGCAAACUACAUUUCUGUUAAGAGGAUUGAAAAGAUGCUAAGGUUGAAAUUGGUGUGUUGGCUAGUGUUGUAAAUAUUCAGAUACUUCUAAACUGAAGACAAUGGUCUUUAAUUUUGUCUUCACCUUUUCUUAUUGGUCUUGACUUAGAUUCAUGGAAACACAGAACAGUUUAGGUUGGAAGGAACCUUCAAAGAACAUUUAGUGCAACCACUCUGCCAUGAGCAGGGGCACCUUUCUUUGGCUUGAUCAGCUUGCUCAAAAUACUUUCCAGCCUGACUUGAACACUUCCAAUUGGGCAUCCCAACAACUUCUGUUCAACUUUCAGAGUUCAACUUUCCAAUUUACAUUAUUGGCUGAUUCUGUUUCCACACAGUGUACUGAUUAGUCUGUGUGGAGCUGUUCUCUCUACCUGCCUGCCCUGCUCUCUGCCUCUGCAGGGUGAGGGCACCUUGACAGGGUGUCUUUUUUGCCUCUAUGCCAUGCAUGGCUUUUGCUCUUUGUCCACAGCAUGGAUUUGAUUUAGAGCUUUCCUCUUUUUCUUUGUCCUCCCACCAUGCUUCCUGAAAAGGAUUCAAGCACAAGCUCCACUUUAGGUUAAUAACAGCAAGAGGCCAUGUCUUGAAAGGAAGGUAGUUUAGUAUGCCAUGUUUUGACAUUUUUACCAGGCACAAGAACUUCUUGUUUAUCAUUUCCACUAAAUAUUUACUUAAAGAACUGCAACUUGUCCAUAUACUUUAAUAUACUUUGAAUAUUCUGUAUGUGAGCCCGAAGUCCAAAAGUACAGGAUCCCUGUCCUUUAGCUGAAGAUAGCUAAAGGACAAAUGAGAAAAAAUGGUUCAUUGGUUAUUGUGCAUUGUUACUAAAAGGUAAUGUAAAAUUGUAUGAUAAGACAAUCCUGAAAAGCAAAUAUGUUUUAGCUGCAUUUUGUUUUCAGUAUUGGUUACAGGAUCAAUUUUUGCCCAGCUUCCCAUUCAAUCUUUACCUCACAAUAUUAAAGUUGUUUUAGGUUCCAUUCCUAUUAAGUAAAUAAAAUUAUUCAAUCUUACAUAUAUAUUCUUUUUUUAGUGCACAUAAAAAGAAAUUAAAUUCUUAGUAGGAAUUGUGAAAGAAAUGCCACUUAUUUUACUGUCCUAAACUCAGUAUUUAGAAGCCUAGCAAUGGAAUCAUGCUGAUACAUGCAAUAUUACCUUUAAAAAUUUAAUGAAAGGGAACUGAUAAAAAGAAAUUCCUCUAUUUUACAGUACUUUAAAUGAUUCUGGUAAACUGUUGUUUAUUUUAACAGCUUCAUAACUAGACGCUACCUUGGCUGUAAAUACAAGGAAUUAAUUUGCAGUUGCUGCUUUAUGACGUAUUCAUUGCUCAUUCAGAAGUUCCACUUACAUUUUUAGAAGAAAAGCUUAGAGAGAUAAUGGCAAAGGGAUUAGAUACUUUCUUAUGAUACAUACUGAAUUGUUCUCUGUUGUGUGUGUGCUAUGUGGUUUAUAAUAUUGCAAUUGGACUUUUAAAAUGUGCUAAUGGUAGAGCAUCUACUAUGUAGACUGCAACUUAAAUGAUAAUAUUGCUUUUUUUACAAAUAUUGAUGGUAUAUGAUAUGACAGCAAAACCAGUAAGACAAUAUCUAAAAACAGAGAAUGUAUUUUAUUUUUAUAUCUGUGGGUUUGAGCGGGUUAGGUUGGUGUGGUUGGUUGUUUAUGGAUUUUUUUUUGUCUACAGAGUAUUUGAUGAAUAUAGCCUCCACUUAAUGCUCCUCUUUGUUUAGUUGAUUUAUUAAACCCUUGCUUUUGUGGCAAUCAAACUUUAGGUGAUGUUAAGUGUUUUAACUUCACUGCUGUACACAGUACAUUUACCUAUAUAAACCAGGGAUGUGCCUUUCAAGCACUGCAUCAUUAAGUAAGGUAUUUCUCAUUUUUUCUGUUCUCUGUGUGUUCUUUCACCCUUUUAAAUGAAGACAACACAGCAUGAGAUAUAAAAAAAAGUAAGGAUUUAGUUUUGUUUAUACUGGAAUCUUAGAAAGUAAUGUGAUAUUUCUUGCUUUAAUAGUCUCUGCAACUUUCUGGUUAAAGUUUUCGAUGGGAUGUGAAUAAUAAAUCCUUAAUCUUUGGAUCCACUCACUAAACAAUUGAGUCACUAAGUUGGCACGCAGUGUGACCGGAUUUUUCUCUUGAUUGUCUCUGUGUAACUGUACUCGACUUUGUCUUAUGUUAGUACAUCUGUCCUGAAUUCACAGCAAUUACAUUUCAGCUGUUUCCUCUUUUGCUAACUACUCAGUUAGUGUUCAGAUCAGUCCAGAAGUGGAAUGCUUGAUUUGUGCAGUACAUAUAUACAAAACACAACUUGUUGUAGUCAAACCCUCUCGUAGAUUUUCAUAGGAGUAAGAGCAAUACAUGAGACAAAUCCCAGUAUUUGCUGAGGCUCGUUGCUUUUUGUACUUUCAAAGGAUCAUAUUUUCUUUUGCAGUGAUUGUUUUUAGCCUGUAGCCUUACACCGUUUUGGUUUUGUAGAAAUUCAGACAGGUUUAUUAAAAUAGCAGUUAGAAUUCUGUGGUAAAUGGCUUACAUAACAAUGGGUCAUGAGAAAAUCUUUGCAAUGAAUAACUAAAAUAAUUACUAUGUUAAAUAACUGAAUACAGCUGAUCAAUAAAAGAGUGGAUAUGAGGGAUGAAGGCCUGAAUUUCAGUUUUUGAGUUUCCUUCAAGCACACAAAUGAGUUCUAGUUUGCAUGCUAAUUUAACUUCUCUGUGUAAAGACAGUAGUGUCAUUUGGUAGUGAAGUAAUUCUAACUAUACACAGAAAAUUAUACUUGAAUGUUCAUCACUUCAAAUUAGAUCCUUUAAUUUGCAACAAUCAACACAAAAAAGGCAAGAUUUCAUUAUUUUGUGUGACUUAAAACAUUUAUAAAACAGCACUACUUAAUGUACUCUCAUAAAUUAUUUUUUAGAUGACUAAAGAAUUGUAUGCAAAAGAACGGGACGUUUACAGCAGAAACUUAAUGAAGCUUUAUUUGGGAGGAUGGAUAAAAUAUAAUUUGCUGAAAAGCAAUAAGAAAAAAGCUAGGAAGAUGGCUCUGAGAUAAGUCCUUCACAAUGUCCAAAUAUUAAAAGUUAUUAUACAGAAGCGGAACAUGUGGGUGCACACUGACAAGUAAAAUCUGUUGUAUACAGAUAGUUCUAAUGGAACUCUACAACUAUUGACAAGCUUCCCCAUUUUACAGUAAAUGAGUUUAGCUCACUGCAGAAAAUUCACAGACAAAGGUUUACCAUACCUGGACUUUUGAGAAGGCUGUCACAAGAUCAUCUGUUUGGAAAUUCCAGGUUGCAUUCAGGUUUGUAGUUCACUCUUCAGAAAUACUGCCAAUGGCUGCAAUGGGAUUCAAGAUUUGCUAAUCAGCAAAAUGUUAACUUUGACAGACAGAUGGAAUGACAAAAAUACUGACUUAAGUUUCAAGUUGAUGAGUAAAUGCUGCCCGUACAUCAUGCACAUUCAUGUGGCUGAUUGCCAGAAGACUACAGAGGAUGCUGCUAAGAUGAUUUCACCACUGGAGCAUUUCUUGACUGAAUAUUGCAGACUACACAAGGACUUGAGAGCCCUUGGCUGCCAUGGAAAAAUUGAAAAAAAAAAGUUGGAACUUUCUAUAUCACAAUGCAAAAACUUUAGUGACAAUGGGAGGAUUCAGAUUGUGAUUGAUUUCUGCAAGGGCACAGGGUACCUGGAACCCUGCCAUGCCUCUGAGUGCCCUCAGCUGACAGAUGAAGCUGUGAAAGCAAUGGCAUGUCACUGCCACAGACUGACACCUGUCAUCAUAGCAGGUGGCCCAAAGAUGAUUGAUACAUGUAUCCAAUACUUGGCUGCAGCCUGCCAUUAUCUCCCCUUCUUGGACAUCUCAGGCUGUAUUCAUCUUACUGACAACCUGAAAUAUCUUUGGAAAGGCUGUGAGCAACUCCAGAUUCUCACGACACUGUACUGUAGAAGAAGCUUAGGAGUUGGCCAGCAGGGAAGCAGAGUGCCUCGCUGUGGCUGUGACACACCAGAUCAGGGUGAAGCUGCUGGGGAGGAGGGGAGAUCAGAGCUGGCUCUUCCCCAGGCACUGCAGCCUGCUCAGCACAGGGGCUCUGCUCAGCAGGACUGGGCUGGCAGCCAGCUCACACAGGCAUGGAAAGAAAGAGACAUUAUUCACAAGAAUGGAGGUGACAAUGUUAUUAUUCCAGUGGAAACACCUACUCAGGUCUGUGUUCAGGCAAAUGCUGACACACUAGAGCAAGUGUGGAUGAAGCCCACCAAGAUCAUUGAAGUGCUGGAGCAUUGUUCUUUGCAUAAACAGCCUCUGAAAAUUUUUAUUUUGUCAUUAUUAUUUUUAAACUCUUGUUGCAGACAAGUUGUCUUGAAAUACACAGCUGAACUGGAGAAACAGGAACAUAAUGAUGCUGACCCUCCUUCCAGGCUUGGAUAUGCCUGGGAUGGUAACAUAACCACCUUCACCAAAAAACACAGAUCAGAGCCUGAAAAAACAAAUUCUUCAAAAUGA